AUGGCGGAGAACAUUGAUUUUAGGGGCAAAUCCACAGAUGACCCUAACAAGCAUAUCACCAAGUUCAUUCAGAUUUGCAACACAACAAAGAUGAAUGGAGUGACAGAUGAGCAGGUUCGACUAAGGCUGUUUCCUUUCUCUUUAGAGGAUUCAGCAAAGGAUUGGUUGGAGAGUUUGGAGCCAGGAUCAAUUAGAACAUGGGAUGCUAUGGUGGAAAAAGUUUUGGAGAAAUUCUACCCCCCUAGUGAAGCUAUAAAGAGACAACACGAGAUCAUUGCCUUUCAGAUGACUCCUACAGAGAAUAUCAGAGACGCAUGGGGGAGGUUUAAAUCUUUGAUGAAACGGUAUCCCAACCAUGGGUUAACCCCGACAGUCCAAGUUAUUACAUUUUUCAAGGGAUGUGUGCCUGAAGCACAAAGGGAAUUGAACUUGAGCUCAGGCGGUAAUUUUCUCAAGAAAGGAGUGAAUGAAGCCAUGGAAGUAAUAGAGGAGCUUGCAUCUAAUGACGAAGGAUGGAGCAACGAAAGGAGUAAGGUGCAUAGGGUAGCGUCUACUACAGAUCAUGAUCCUAUGAGUGCCCUAUCCGACAAGUUGGAUGCGCUGACUAUGAAAUUUGACUGCAUUGCAAUGGGGGACGUGAACUAUGUGAAUCAAGGGGACAACAACCGGCACUUCAAUAAUCACCGCCCCAACUUUCAGGGUGGAGGAUAUAAUCAGUUCGGGAAUAAAUGGCAUCCCAAUCUCUCUUAUGGAAACCCAAAUAAUGCUCUGCAACCACCCCCGGGGUUCACAGUUACUGAUGGAGUGGUUAAUGAUCCGAAGAAGAUGACCACGGAAGACAUACUCAAGUCUUUCAUGCUACAGUCCAACAAGCUCAUGGAGCAGAACAAUCAAAGGAUGGAGAAGGUUGAGACAAAUGUGCAAAGCAUGGCCACUCAUCUGAAGAACAUCGACACACAGAUCAGCCAGAUUUCCCAGCAAGUGAGUACUAUUACUCAAUCGGGAAAAUUCCCUUCGAACACCAUCAUAAAUCCCAAAGAAUCCAAAGCUGUGCAUCUAAGGAGUGGCACUGUUUAUGAAGCUCCCUCACUGCCUGCGACCACAUCUGAUACCGUUCUUGAGCCCAAGGCUGCCGUGGCAGAGAAGGAAAAGGAGGCUGAAAAGGAGAAUACUGGCACCACUUCUGGAGUAAAGGUGCCAUUCCCGCAGGUACUGAAUCAGAAGAAGAAGAAAGAUGAGCAGUUCACUCGAUUUCUGGACAUCUUCAGAAAGGUGCAUGUGAACAUUCCUUUGAUCGAGGCACUGCAGCAGAUGCCUAAGUACGCUAAGUUUCUGAAUGAGGUGAUAGCCCAGAAGACCAGUUGGGGGCAGAUUGACACUAUUAAUCUAACUGAAAAUUGCAGUGCUCUGCUGCAAAGGAAACUGCCUGCCAAGCUGAAGGAUCCUGGAAGUUUCACUGUCGACUGCCUCAUUGGGGGCUAUAAGGUGGAGAAUGCUCUCUGCGAUCUAGACGCGAGCAUUAAUCUAAUGCCACUAUUGGUGUUCAAGCAAAUGAACAUUGGUACUUAG